ACUCGUCUUUCAUCUUCUGGCGUUCUCUCUUCCUCCAACUGCUCCAUCUUGUUGAUUUGGUACGAUCCGUGCGCGUAGCACCUCAAGGAAGCAAAGGCCAUGGAGAAGGAGGCGAACGAAGCGGCUCAUGUCACGGAGGAGGCCAAGUGGGGAACGAAGCUGAUGGGUCCACCUGCUGCGCCAUCGGCGCACCCAGAGAACCAGAGAGCGGCGCUUUGGAGCCCCCGAGGCGACGACGAACGGCCGCCCUACGUACUGGAGCGGGAGCCGGUGAGCAGAGGCCCCGGUGGCAGCCCCAUGGAGAGCAUACUGGACUUCUUCAACUCCUGGGCUAAGAAAGCAGAGGACCUCGCCCACAACAUUUGGCACAACCUGAAGACAGCACCAUCCAAAACCGAGGCAGCAAUGGGGAAGCUGAGCCUGACAGCGAAAGCCUUCGCCGAGGGCGGCUUCGAGUCUCUCUACAAGCAGACCUUCCAAACCGAUCCUACCGAGAGGCUGAAGAAGACGUUUGCUUGCUACCUCUCGACCACCACCGGACCGGUCGCGGGAACCCUCUACCUCUCCAACGCCAACGUCGCAUUCUGCAGCGAUCGGCCCCUCUCCUUCACGGCACCCUCCGGUCAGCAAGCCUGGAGCUACUACAAGGUUAUGAUCCCUCUGAUCAAGAUAGCCACCGUGAAUCCAGUUACACUGGGUGAGAAUCCGUCGCACAAGUACAUCCAGAUUGCGACGGUGGAUGGGCAUGAUUUCUGGUUCAUGGGCUUCGUCCAUUUCGAGAAGGCAUCCGAGCAUCUGCUGAACGGCGUGUCGGACUGUGCAGCGGCCUCUCAUGGAGCUGAGCACGGGGUUAGUCGAGUUACCACUUAGAAGAACCAGCGAGAUGCAGAGAACUACCUCUUUUUUGUGCAGACUUUCCUACGUUCGUGUCGUCAUGUGUUUGCGUCUGAUGUUACGUAUACGAAUAAACAAUCUGCGUGGGGGUAUGGAUAGAUGGAUUCUUCCUGUUAA